AUGCCUCAAAACUCCUCCCCUGACCGAUCAUCGCCCAUUGCCCUCUCCCCACCCAUCUCCAUCGGCGGACGUCAUACUCAGUCCGCCCACCGCUCAGCAAGACCUCCCAGGAAUGACCGGAUAGGAGGAGAUGUCGUGGGGGAUAUCAAGAGGGGUACAAGAGGCUCAAAAACUGCAUCAGGCGGGGGAAAAGCAUCGAGGACGAAGGUCUUAUUGGCUGUUGCGCUCUUGCUAUUUGUCAUCUUGACCUCUGUCUGGGUCAUGCGCUUGAAUCGCAGAGUACAAACAUUAGGAGGGUUCGGCGGUAUGCUCAGUAAGGCGCAGAAGAGAUGGGCUCAACGGGAGGAGCUAUAG